GCGGUGCUUUAUGGGCCGGGGAGGCGCCUUCGCGUUCCAGGAGGUUUGGCCGCCACCGCGACCCGUUGAGCCUGUCCCGGCUCCCGCCAAAUUGAAACCGGGGAGCGGCCGAGGGGGCGCGGCAAAGAUGUGGAACGAGAUCGAGCUCCUGCUGAACGAGGACACCACGGGGCAGCUGCCGGUGGGGCUGGGCCAGGAGUGUGGCACCGCCUUGUACCAGGUGGACACACUGCUGCAAAUCACGUCUUCAGAGAAGGUCUCUGUGAACCCCCAGCUGCAUGCAUGCAGCUCCAGGGAUGGCAGCAUUGUUGUUGUGGACAGAUCUGUGGCACUUCUGGACAGCACUGGGCUGUCUCUUCUGAUGCACAUCCAGUUUGACACUGACGUGGAUGUAGUGGGUGUGUGUCAGGACAAGCAAUUCCUCGUGGUUGGUGAGAGAAGUGGCAGUUUACAUCUUAUCCACAUCCCCUCCAAACAAACCUUGCUAAGAAAGGUUUUGGUUGAACCAUCUACAAGUGAAAAGACUUACUUAAAUCUCUUUUUUGUUAGAGAUAAUGCAGAUGCAGGUGUUUAUCACUUGUUCAUUCUCACAAGCAAUGGAUGCUUCUGCAUUAUGUGUGUCCCUCUUGGAAAAACACAGGAAGCAAUUGAGAAGAUGGAAAUGACUACAGCAAAGCAACUCUUUUUCUUCCCCAUUUGUGGACAUCCCUUCUCUCCCACCCACAAGUUACAAGGACAGAUAAAGACAACUUUCAUUGCCAUGGGAGAGCAUCACAGCCUGGGCUGUCAGGAUUUUGUCAUCAGCAGCUCAGUGAACAAAAUCCAUCUGAUAACUGGGGGUAAAGGGGAUUUUGUGCUCUCCAAAUGGGAGGUGGACCCCACCAGAGCCCUGGUGUCUGCUCAGGGUUUUGCUGAUUCAAGUCUGAUCCAAGGUGCUGCAAAACUUCAAGUCCUUGACAAUCAGCUGUUUGUUUUGGAUACAGAGAACAUCUUAAGCACGUGGGAUAUUUAUUCUCUCACCCUGAUUUGGGAUUGGCCUUUAAUACAGAUUGAAGAAUUUCUUCUCACUACUGAGUCAGAUUCCCCUCAAGUCACAUGGGAAGGGCUUGCCAAUGUGAAGCUGAUUGUCAUGACAAUGCCAGAUGACAAACAGAUGAGAAGCCUAAUGGUUUUUGCACUGCCCACUAUGCAACAGCUCUAUUCCCUGGAAGUGUCUCCUGUUUCUUCCCUUGUUCAAAGUGGGAUUUGCACUGAUACAAUAUAUUUCUUGGAAGGAAUUCAUGAGAAGCAUCAAAUGCCCUCUGAGGACCCAGUUUCUAUAGUUGUGAUGAGAAGUUUAACUGAAGCCUUGCCAGAAAACAGACUAAGUCGUUUACUGCACAAACACAAAUUCACUGAAGCAGAGAAUUUUGCUAUUCAGUUUGGACUGGAUGUCGAGCUUGUAUACAAAGUAAAAGCAAACACUUUUUUGGAGAAACUGGCUUCAGCUUCUCUUGGGAGUUAUGGCCAGGAAGCCUUGCUGGAUCUUUGCAAUGAAGCCAAAGAAAAUUUGCAAAAAAUUCAGGACAGCCAGUUUGUUGUGAAUUACUGCAUCAGUGCUCCCUGGCCACUGUAUGAAACCACCCGAGAAAUGCUGAAUUAUGCUAAAGUCAGAAUCUUGAAGAAAGAUAAUAGAACUGAUGCUCCACCAUCUGAUGGGGCUCCAGUAUCCAUAGCUGAGGUGUUGAGAGCUCAGGCAAGGCUUACAACAUUCUAUGAAGCUUUUGGACUAGAGAAAUUCAGUGGCAUUGCUUGGACAGAAUUCCUGAAUAAUGAGGACAUGUUCAAGAUUAUUGUUUUUCAGCUGGAAGAAGGAAAUUUGGCUUGUGCACAGUACCUCUGGCUUAGGCAUCAGGCUGAUUUUGAAAGCAGCUUUGAUGAGAAAAUGCUGAAGGAUUUGCUCAACUCCAUCCAUUUCACUGCUCCUUUGAAGGAACUUUGUGUGUGGCUUAAAAAUUUUGUGAUCCCCUUCUCAAGAAGGGUUGUGCCAGAUGGACAGAAAAUAUUAGCAAAAUGGCUGGAACAAGCUGCUCGAAACCUUGAAUUAACUGACAAGGCAAACUGGCCUGAAAAUGGACUCCAAGUGGCAGAGAUUUUUUUUACAAGUAAAAAUCAAGGUGAACUGGGAGUGACAGCUUUUGGCAAGUGGACUCCUCUGAGGUGUGGUGACUGUGAAGAGAUACAGAGGUUAAAGAAGCUGGUAAAUGAUUUACAAGAAUUGAGAAAUCUGUACAGAAAAUACAACUGCAGGCUGGCAUUCUGUGAUUUUGAAAAGGAAAAUGCAACCACUAUUGUGUUUCGCAUGCUUGAUAAAAUUUUGGCACCAGAGCUUGUCCCAUCAAUUUUGGAGAAGUUUAUAAAAGCCUACCUGUGUGAACACAACCUACAAAAAGAUGAGCUUCUUCUACAGUAUGUCAAGGAUUUGCUGGAGCGCUGUCGGACACGAUCGAUUUCAGUGUUUGAAACUGCCUGGGAGGCCAAGGCUGUGGCUGUCAUUGGCUGCAUCUCUGACACGGAUCUGAAAUUUGAUGCAGUCCUGCAGAUAAUGCACGGGGCUGUGGUGCCAUGGAGUGCAGCAGUGGAGCAGCUGGUCAGACAGCACCUGGAAAUGAACCAUGCCAAAGUGAAGUUACUGCAGGAAAGUUACACUCUGAUGGAGAUGAAGAAGCUUUUGAGAGCCUAUGGGAUAAGAGAUACCAAUCUUUUACAGGACAAGCAGAUGAUAAUGAGGCUUGUGAGAUACAUCCUCAAACAAGAUACCCCUACUUGCCUGGAGGAUGCCUUGAAAAUUGUGGAAGCCUACCUGCUGCCCACUGGGGAAGUCUAUUUCCUGAGGAUUUUGGACCUGAUUGACAAAGGAAGGGGAGAGGAAUCUCUGACUUUGUUAAAAUCUCUGCCCCUUGCUAAGGCUGAAGAAGUUGUAGAGAGAUUGACCCUGUGGGGAAGACUGGUGUUACAGAACAAAGCAGAUGAUCCUGAAGAGAAAAAACCACAAAUGUUUAUGACUAAGACACUGGUGGAAGUCCUCAAAUUCUGGUUCAGCAUUCAAAAAGACAACCCUGUGAAGAAAUAUGAGUGUGAAGAAAACCUAAAGUUGUUUGAAACACUUGCUAGCCUGCAGGAGUAUUUUGAUAUCUUUCUCUCAGAUGAAGAAUACAGGAACCCUUCACUGAUAUCUGAACUCCUUGAGGGUCACAUAAGGUCUUAUGAACGUGUCAGAUCUGCAUCCAAGUCUAGAAAUGUGCAAGCAGUGAGUUGUAAUUCAGAAGGCAGCAAGGCCAAAACCCCUCCCACUGAAUCCAGGCUGUACAGACUGGCUUUGCUCCUGCAAGUCUCAGAGCAUGAACUGGGAGAAAAACUGGCCUUGAGAGCCCUGGAUGGUGGAAAAGUGGAAGUGGCUGUCAAUAUAUGCAGGGAGUUCUAUGAGAAUAGCUGGAAUGAAAAGACAGGGAAGCUGCUGUUUGUAGUGUGUCAAACCCUUUGCCACAUGCUGGGAGCUGAUGAUCCAAUGAUCACCCCUGAAGGGAUGGAUCUUCCAGCAGUGAUCCAUGAGCUGGCUGGCCAAGCAGCCACACUGUGCAGUCCAGAUUUGGUGUUGGAUUGUCUGGAACUGUGUAAAUACACUUCACUUGCCAAGGAAAUUCAUGGACAAUGCCAAAUGGACAGCUAUGAAUUUACAGCAGAGACAACAUCUUCUGGAGGAGAUAAAGAUCCUUACAAAGAGUGGACUUAUGAUGAUUUCUUUAAAGAAGAUGGGAUAGUCCUUGAACCUCAGACAUCUCUUCCAGUGGCAUAUGAGCUCACCUCUGCUGUUCUGCCUAUUUGUAAGGACAAGCUGUACCCCCUGGAGUCUCAAAGCCUGGCCCACAGAACGUUCAUGGAAGGACACAACUUCCUGCUGCCUGUUGGCUCUCCCUUCUUUGCAGCAGUGCAGAACCUGCAGGAGUGCAGCCAGUUCCAGCUGGCCCUGCAGCUCACAGUCUGUGCCUUUGGCUCCUGCCUGCAGCACGGCGUCUCAAACACCCUGGAACUGUCCCCGAGUCAAAAGCCACAUGACAAUGACCUACUCACAGAAACCAGAAGCUUCCUCUUAGCUAUGAAAGAGAAGAGCAGUUCAGUAAUCAAGACCUGUGUCCUGAGCUUAUUACACAAGGUGUUCAACUCCCAUGUCAUCGAUCAGAGCCUGGCCCUGGGCUACUGCACUGUUUUGCCCAAGGAAGAAACGUUCAAAAAGCUGUGGGAGGUCAUAAACAACUCGUGGCAGAAUUACAGAAAAAUUUUGGGAGUAGCUCUGGUGGGAGCAGAGCUUGCUGACCAAUAUGGUGAAGCAGAAGAAAAGAGAAAAUUCCAGGAAUUGGUUAUUGAUGCAGAAUGGGGAAUCCAGCUUGGUAAAUUUGGUAUUUCUUUUGAGAAUGUGUUUAGACAGCCACCAGUAAGGAAGAAAGAACUCAUAAGAGUGCUGGUACAAAACCCAGAGGUGGACACAGCUCUCAUCUUGAAUUACUGCAGCACUUUCAUGCUGGACAGUGAUGCUGCACUGCAGCUCUGCAUUGAAACCCUUCUGCUCCACAAUUCCAACACUAAUGAUGGUGGAGAUGACUCUGCAGAAAGCAGUGAGAGGCAACCUCAUUCCACAUUGCUGGCUAGAGCACUAAAAAUAAUCCCUCUGCUGAACAGCACCAAAGACCUGGUCAUGAGCCUCAGUGGAAUAUUGUACAAGCUGGAUCCUUAUGACUAUGAAACCCUGGAAAUUGUCCUGAGAGUGAUCCAAAGUGCUGAUGAGAAGAACACCAGCAUCCAGCUGAGCCAGGCUUUGAGCCUCCUCAAACAUCUGAAAUCUUACACCAGGAUUUCUCCCCCAGUGGACCUAGAACACCAGUAUGUUUUGGAUCAGAUGAUUCCCCUGUCUCCAGCUGCUCACACCAGGCUGCCCUUUCACCUGCUGUUCUUCAGGACUGCCCAGUGUUUCUGGAACAUUAUUUCUGCAGAGCUCAGUGAGGAAACCUUCCCAACCCUUCUGCUGAUUUCCAAACUAAUGAAGGUUUCCCUGGAUACCUUCCACAUGUCUGCAGUUCGACAUGUCUUUGAAAAGAAACUGAAACCCAAAAUACUUGAAAUGAGAAGCAGCGGCUGUACCUCCAUUGUUAACAAGGAAACCAUCAAAACUGUGCAGGCACUUCACUCCUAUCUGCUGGCCAUAGUCAAUCCAGAGUGGGCUGUGGCCAUGGCUCACAAGAUUGCCCAGGAAUUCCCCACGGGUCCUGACCAUGUCCAGGCACUGAAAUUCUGUCUCUACCUGGCUGAGAAGUGGCUGAAGAGUACUACAGCCAAGGGUGAGCCACAUGAGAAAGCAGAAGUCCUCCAGAGGAACUUACACUUGCAGUACAAGAGAGCAGCAACAGAAAAUGUCCUGAUAGCAAAAAACUUGAACACUGGGGAGCAUCUAAAAUCCAUUGGGAAACCAGCAAAUCUGGUUGUGUUACUGUAUGAACACCACAGCAUUGACCAGAGGUUCCAAAAUCCAGCUGGCAGGGAUUAUCCAGACAUCCACAUGGCAGCAAAGGAGAUUGCUGAGAUUAAUAAUUUGGAUAUGAACAAAAUCUGUGACAAGCUGCUGGCCAAAUGGCUCUGUCCAAGCACACCACCCCCAGGGAAAACCCAAGAAAUCUUUGGAGAUGUACAGGAGGAUGAAGAGCUCCGAAGGGUUAUUUACCUACUUCAGUCUCGCCCUAUGGAUUACAGUUCAAGAAUGCUUUUUGCAAUUACAACAUCUGCCACAUCUCCCUUUGGUGACACCCAGCUGACGUUUGCUCACAGGACCAGAGCCUUCAGGUGUUUGCUCUACCUGGCUGACACCACCACUGUGGAAUCACUCUUCAAGAAACCCAUCGAGAAAGUCAAGUAUUUUCUGAAGUGCUGCAUUUAUCUGGCAGAGUUUGAGAUCUUGAAUAUUCCAUACACUUGUGAAUCAUUCCACAAGAGCCCUAAGGAAGGCAUGAUUAAAGGGCUAUGGAAGAACCACAGCCAUGAGCCCAGGGCUGUGAGGCUGGUGGCAGAGCUGAGUCUAGAAUACCAAGUCUAUGAUCCCCAGCUCUGGAAUGGCCUCCUACAGAAACUCCUGGGCUUCAAUAUGACUCAGUAUCUGAGAAGAGUUCUGGUUGCAAUUACUGGGAUUCCUUCAUUAUGGGAGAUUUCCAGCUUCAGCCGAGCCUGGCGCAGCGUGGUCCUGUCCCCCUUCCUCACAGCCUCGUGUCCACCGAGUCCCAGGCAGCUGCAGGAGUGCAGGGAGUGCUUUGUGCUCCUGCUCAGGUGCCCUGUCCUGGCUGACCUGGAUAUUGUUGGAAUUGCUAAACAAUACACCCAGCUGGACCUCCCAGCUUUUGCCCUGGGCUGCCUCUUGGUCGCUCCUCACUCUGAGAAGAGAGAGCAGCAAAUUCAGGGUUUGUUAUCAACCUGUAAGAAAGAAACUGUGCUGCAACAAUUGGAUGAACACAUGGACACUGGAGAACUGGUAGCAUUUGCUUCCCAGAUCAGCUCUUUGGUUUUGGACAGUAUCAUCAAUGAGAAGCUCUAUGAACAGUUCUGGAAAACCAAAUAUUAUCCACUGUUAAAGCAACACCUGAUAAACACCCACAGAAUAAAAGAGCUGGUGGAUUAUUUUGCCAAAAAGAACUGCCUUGAUGAUGCAACAGCCCUGAUUCAAGAGUAUCAAAAGAAAUGUGGAAACCCUGCUCUGGCAGAUGUCCCAGCAUCUCAUCUUCUGCAGGUGUACCUGAAUGGAGCAGAGGGGUCCUGUGUCCUGGAAGUGCCAUAAAUCAACUCAAGAUUUCCCCUCUUCCCUCCUCCCUCUCCUGGCAGGAGGUUGGGCUGUGCAUUCACAACUCUUGUACUGCUCAGGAGAACACCAGACCAAAACCCCAAAGCUUUUACCAGGAGCACCCACAACCUCUCCAGCUUUUCCAGCUGUUCUAGGCUGCUUCUCCUCCAUUCUCCACCCCCACAAAUCCAGUUCAGGCUCACAGCAGAAUUUCCUGUUUGGAGCCAUCAGUUCAUACUCAGCACUUUAACUUUUGGGAAGGAGUAAAGUUUAUUUCCUUUCCUUCUGUAUUUCCUCACGUUCAGGCCUGCUGUCAGGGGCACUCUGAGAUGUCAUCCACAGCAACAGAACCUUGUCACCACUGGGACAGACUUUGAUGAAACUGCAGGGGCUGUGGUUCAUGUAAAAUACUUUGUAGACAAAUUUUAAGUGUAACUUUACACGCUUAUGUAUCAAUUUUGGCCUUACAGUGUAAAUUAAAAAUAAAUAAACUUAUGCAUCCA